CGGGCACCCGGGGCGGCGAUGCCGAGGCCGGGGAAGAGCUCCUACAGCGACCAGAAGCCGCCCUACUCCUACAUCUCGCUGACGGCCAUGGCCAUCCAGCACUCGGCCGAGAAGAUGCUGCCGCUGAGCGACAUCUACAAGUUCAUCAUGGAGCGGUUCCCCUACUACCGGGAGCACACGCAGCGCUGGCAGAACUCCCUGCGCCACAACCUCUCCUUCAACGACUGCUUCAUCAAGAUCCCGCGCCGGCCCGACCAGCCGGGCAAGGGCAGCUUCUGGGCGCUGCACCCGGACUGCGGCGACAUGUUCGAGAACGGCAGCUUCCUGCGGCGCCGCAAGCGCUUCAAGGUGCUGCGCCCCGAGCCGCCGCCGCUGCCCGGCGGGGUGCCCAAGGGCCCCGCGCCCCCGCCGCACGUGGUGCACUACUUCCACCCGCAGCACCCGGGCAAGAUGCAGGGCCUGGGCACCUCGGAGGCGGCCGUGGCUGCCGCUGCCGCCGCCGCCGCCGUCGGGAGGCUGCCGCACUUCCAGCCCUACGGCCUCAAUGGGAGCAGCCCAUCGUCGGGCUUCAAACAUCCCUUCGCCAUCGAGAACAUCAUCGGGAGAGAUUACAAGGGGGUGAUCCAGGCCAGCGGGCUGCCCUUGGCCUCGGUGAUGCACCAUCUCGGGUACCCGGUGUCCAGCCAGCUCAGCAACAUGGUCAGCUCCGUGUGGCCUCACGUGGGGGUGAUGGACUCGAUGGCCGGCAUGCCCGUGUCUCACGAGUAUGGACCAUUUGGGGUGCCCAUGAAGGCUCUCUGCCACCCACCCGGCCAGACUAUGCCAGCGGUUCCUGUGCCCAUCAAACCCACCCCGGCGCUGCCACCUGUGUCUGCCAUCCCCGCUCUCACAGUCAACUCUUCGCAGAUCUGCCCUUCCACUUCGCCAGCGUCUUCUUCCCUCCUUGAGCAGACUCCGCCAACCCCCUCCGAGGGCAAGAGCGCCUUACACUCUGUCCUAGUACAUUCCUAAAGGGCAGGGGCAGAGAGAGAGAGACACCUAGCCACAAAGGGUGCAUUUGUAGGGGCAAGGGAUGUAUCUGAGA